GAAUAAACACGCAGUGUAUCGGGCGACAGCUCUUGGUUUUGAGAAGUUAGACCAUAAUAUAUUAUCAGUUCCUUUGCUAGAAGAAUAUAGAUAUCCUCCAAGAUGACACUACCACCAGAGAAGAUAACAGAGUUGAAACAGAUCAUUCAUUCUCAACUGUCACAGAUGGAUAUUCAGUCCCGAAUAAGAGAUGUGUUAACGGAGACCAUCCGCGGUGAAGAACACUUGCAUAGAUCAACACAACCCUUAACAGAGAUAGAGUUGAUGGAAGCAUUAAGGCAGAGAGGUCUUGUAGAUGAUGUCAUGAGACAGUUGCAGUUUGAAAAUGUACAUGAGAAAUCAGAAAGAGGAAAACCAUCAACUCAUUAUUUAGACAAAGAUGCUAAAGUUAAAAGUGUUCCAUUGCAAAAAGCUAAUAUUGACCCCACCAGGAGAUAUCUGUAUUUACAAAUUUUGGGUGGUAAGGCAUUUUUAGAACAUCUUCAAGAACCAGAACCCUUGCCAGGUCAAAGCACCUCAAUGUUUACAAUACACAUAAACUUCCGAGGACAGAGAUUCAAAUCUCGAUCAGUGGCUUGUGCCUGUGAACCUGAUAUUCAAGAAGGCUUCCUCUUGGAAUUGCAUAAAGACAGAGCAGGUGAUGCUGCUACAAUGGCAGACAGUACAACUAUGUUAUCUAUAUGUGAUCCAGUGCAUAUAGUACUUAUUAAAACUGACCAAUCUGGUGAUACAACAUUAGUCUCGUCACAUUAUUUAGAAUGGAGAUCGGUAUUAACAGCCGCUAGUGGGCGUAUGAAUAUUCCUGUAGAAUUGCUGGGUGUUGGUACUGAAGCUAAAGUUCCCAUUGGAGUACUGGAGUUAAGAUUAGAAUUGAUACCAAUACCAACACAGAUGUUAAAAGAAGAUAUAAUCACAGCUCAGGUUGCGCUAGAAAGAAACAGGACAGCAGAGCGUGAGAGGUUAUUCCUGGUAUAUGCCAAACAAUGGUGGAGAGAAUAUUUGCAAAUCAGACCAUCCCAUAACAACAGACUGGUGAAAAUAUUUGCACAGGAUGAAAGUGGUACAAAUCGUCCUGUGUGUAGUUAUGUUAGACCACUAAGAGCUGGUAGACUAUUAGACACACCCAGACAAGCAGCAAGGUUUAUAAGUGCUAUUGGAUAUGAGAGAACAUCCACUGUAGGUAGUGGUGGUGCAAAGGCUGAAAUAUGGACAUCAAUGCAUGCAUUCCUGUGUAAAAAUAAAGGGGACUGUGAAGACCAUGCUGUGUUACUAUGUAGUUUACUUAUUGGUUUUGGUUUAAAUGCUUAUGUAUGCGUUGGUACCAAGACGAAAGGUACAGCCCAUGCCUGGGUCAUGACUAUAUCAACAGAUGGACUUGUAACGUUUUGGGAGAGUCUCACUGGUCAAAGAUAUAUUCAUCAGGCAAUUAAUCCUAACGAUCCACCUGCAAUAGCUCAACCUCAACCACAGUAUCCAUACCGGACAGUUGGCUGUGUAUUCAAUCAUCAAGUAUUCUAUGCCAACAGCCAGCCUUCAGACAGUGCUGAACUGUGUAGGUUUGAUUUCCACAAUGAAUCUCUUUGGAAAGCUAUGAGUGAAGAUGCUCUCCAUUCUGUAUGUGCACCAGGAACUCAUCCCAGUUGGCCUAAUGUGAUCCCUCUUGUACCAUCAUCAUUAGAUGCUGCACUGGUCAGCAAUGAACUUGAACUACAACUAAGGGCACUUACUGCUGACCAGAGAAGGGAUAUGGGUUUAACAUGUGUGUGGGAUGACGAGUUGUGUUAUCUGUUAUCUCCAGCUUUAGCUGCAUAUGAAUUGGAACGAACCACUGGUCUUACAGCUGGUAAUGAAGAGUUCCAACAAGCUAUACGCAGGGCUGUCCCAGAUGGACACACCUUUAAAGGAUUUCCUAUUCAGUUUGUACAUCGAAAUGCAAGAAGAGCAUUUGCGACUUGUCUUAGAUCUCCAGUUUGCGAAGAAAUCCUUACCUGUCGAGGUGAUCAUAUUCGAUUGGCUGUUCGUGUACGUGUAUUCACAUAUCCAGAAUCAGCAUGUGCAGUAUGGGUAAUGUUCGCUUGUAAAUACAAGUCAAUAUUAUAAAAUAAUGAUUGCAUUGAAACUUGCCUACACAUUGUUUUUAACAAUUGCCAAACAAUUUCUAUAUAAACUAUAUCAAAGGGAUGAUGUUCAUAUUUUAUGUACAUACUUACCAGUACCCCUAGGAUGUCUUUUAAACAGUACCCCCGGUACUCAAUGUACAGUUCUUGUGAAAAUCACCAAUAAUGUCUACUUCGUUGUAGAAUGAUAGCUAUUGAUUUGUACAUAAUGUCCAGGGGAAUAAUUAAA